AAUACUGAAAAACAGUCCCUUGAUGCAAUCAAGAGCAAACCUGUCGCUACCAGAGGCUACAGAUCAAUUUACUUGCAAGAAGUUGCCAAAAAUGUCAAAGAAAAGGUGAAAGAGUUUGAAUCAAAAAGUAAAUAUGCUGUGAAGAAGGAGGCUUUCAGAGUCACAUAAGAAAUUCAAAAUGAACAACGAUGCAGUCACUUAUGUAGAAAGCAAGAAAGAGCAAUAUUACAACAUUUUCAGCAGCUUCUGCAGAGGAAGCUCAUCUGCUGUUGUGUUGGGUGAACUGAUCUGUGAGAAACUGAAGAGUUCCACUGUUGAGGCCGUCUGUAACAAGACUGCUAUUGAUCUUGCUGGAGAGAUGAAGUGCAGUUUCCCAGCAUUCAGUGGGAACAGGUUGAACUUGGAGAAACACUUGCUGAAGUCACUGGCUGAGAAAGAGGACUUUGGUGGUUUUAUCACCUACAUCCAACACCCAAGGAACCAAGCAGAGACUUUCAUAAGAGAGCAAGUACAGAAAUACAUCUUCACAGACAACAAAGAUAAAGCACGAAAUAUACUCAAGAAAAAUGUUGCAGACAUCAAUAAGCUUGUGAGUCAAGCUUUAUUUACUGCAACAGAUAAAGUCAAAACUCAGAGAGGAGACUCAGACAUGUGGGUAAAGGAGUUUUCCAGUUUGCUAAAAGAUGAGCUGACAUUCAACACCUUUUGUUGUCAAAACUUAAGUGACAUUAACAAUUUUGACUUCCUUAAAGAAGAGAUAGAGAAAGGUCUUGAAUCUGUCAUGAAGGAAGCGAGCAGCAUUUCACUGGAUAAGAUGGAGGAAUUCAGGAUGAAGCCUGAUCAAAUCCUCAUCGAUCAGCUGUGUAACUGCUGCUGGGCAAAGUGUCCAUUCUGUGCAGCUGUUUGUACCAACACGCUAGAAAAUCACAGUCCUGACAAACAUAGUGUGCCUUUUCAUCGGCCCUCUGGGAUUGAAGGAUGGCAUACUCGAGGCAAAGUAGAUCUGGUCAUUGAUUUCUGCACAACAUUAGUUGCAAGUGACAAAUGCUUCUACCGCCAUUCUGAUUCAGAUGAGAGUAUUCCUUACAAACAGUAUCAGCGUGCUGGGAAGAAGUAUGCAACAUGGCAAAUUACUCCUGAUGGGUCUAAGAUGACAUACUGGAAAUGGUUUGUAUGUCGAUUUCAACAGCAACUGGAAGACCACUAUAACUUAAAAUUCCAGGGCAGGGGAGAAAUUCCUCCUGAGUGGAGAGACCACAGUAAACAAGAAGCUAUUGAAAGUCUGGAUGACAUGUACAAUCUGUGACUGAGCCACAAACAACCAAACUCUGCUCAGAAUAACAGAAGGCCACAGUGUCUUUAACUUUUCAACAGAAAUAGGAGCUUUUAUUUUCAUUAAAGGAGUGACAACAAUUGCAAUAAUGACAAUGAAGUCUUUUCCAAAAGGAUCAAAACAGCACAUGUUCAUGAUCUGAUCAAUAUGUAUCUUCAUGCUUUUUAAUGUAGAACAGUUGAAAGGAUGCCUGAAAAUAUCUUGAAGCAAAUGAGAACACAAUGUACAGUACAGGCCAAAAGUUUGGACACACCUUCUCAUUGAAU